AUGGAGUUUAUUGAAGGAAGCAGAGGCACCUACAGACCCAUUAAGGUGUUGUUUGACACACCCAUAUAUGAGCGGGCUCUGCAGAUAUGCUGGCACACUGGCUCGUACAAGUGUCAGAUUGCACUAGUGGCCGAACUUUUGAGGCUUCAGCAGCAGACACAGCUCCCAUCUGAGGUGACUGCUGAAGAUAUGACUGAUCUGUUGGUGGAGGAGAGCAAAAGCACACUGAGAGUGCAGCUCUGGGAGUUUGAACUGGAGGACUUUGAAGAGGAUGAGGCCAGACCUCUUCUCAGACUGGUGUGGGCAGUGAACACCAGCAUGAAGAUGAGAGACAUAGAGUUUGAAGCCAGAAGGCUGCUCACUUCACCAGAGACCAUCCCUCCUCAGUUUCAACAUCCCAAGAUCAUUGGCCAGGCUCAGAAGUACGCCAGGACCCUGGCAGAGCAGCACCAGGAGGCCCCCAGCUCCAAACUGCUGGGCCCACGAGAGGUGGUGAUAGAGGUGGUCCCAAAAGUCAUACAGGGCUUCUGGCUGCCUCCUCCAAACACCUCCCUCAACAUGCCCUCACAGAAGCUCAGUAAAAUGGCUGUUGGGCUCACAAAAGCAGUUGAGGACCAGGUCACCACCGCUCUGUCCACUGUGCUCCGUCAGGUCACCUUCUCCCGUUCCAUCAGGGACGACAUGGUCCUGUCUAUCCUGGGAAAGGUUAGACAGAGUUACAGUCAAGACAUCCUGGUGAAGAAGCUCAAUUGCUUCACAGCAGAGAUACUGAACGCCAUCACUGACACUGCGGCCACAGAGAUCUGUGAGCUGUUUGAGCCUCAGAUAAAAGCGUCUGUAAAUAUGAAGGCUGAGAAGGACUGCACCCAGGCAGAAGACGUGGUGGAUGGUGCAGAGGCUAAAACCGGCCCUGCUGAAGAUCAGAGUGAGGAGCCUGGGCUGAAGGAGGACACUGAGCCAAUCAGAAAACUGGACUCUGCUGUCGCUACUCCUCCACCAGCUCCGCUGAUCACCGCUGCUGAACUUCCCGCCAACACUGCCACCCAGAACUACUUCAUCAGCAACCUGGAUGAAGAACAGCCCACACCCAGCCCACAACCAGACUCUGCUGUGGUGUCACCUCCAGUGACUGCUCUACUGACCUCCAGCACUGAACCUCCUGUCCACCAUCGGCUCCGAUAAACAAGCUGAGCAGCCAACAUCUGUGGUUCCCGCUCUGACCCUUCCUGCUAACCCUCCAGCUUCUGCUUCAGUCCCAGCUCGUCUCACCCCACCUAAUGAAGCUCCUGUCACCACUGCACAGCUGGAUGAGCUGACCAUCAGCCAGGCUGAGGCCAAAAUACAGACUGGACGGGGAACCCAAGGCUUCUUUGGGUGGUUCAGAAAAGCUCUCCACUACGGUUUCCUGCUUGAGGACACAGAAAGACACUAAUCCUCAGUUUGAUUGUUCCUUUGUUCUUCUUGUUUAUUUUCAUUGUAAUAAAUUCAUUGCUGCAUUGCA